CGCAUGCAAGAUGUUAGACUGACGUGAUAACCAACUACACCAAUCGACCGUAGAUUGUUGAAAGUGCCAGAGCUUGGGUGCCACUAUAUCCACUCACACUUCACACCUCACCCCACCAAACGCGCCUUGGGCAAGGAUACUUUCCUGAUUGAGCCCUGGUCCGUCAUCAACUGCCCGAGGCUAAAGGUUUCAUACCCGAAGCUUAGCCCUUCUGAAUGCCAGUGUCCUCUUCGGAAACCUGCAGUGAACCAUCUUAAGCAGGCUCAGUGCGACUUGGCUACAUCGCCCUAUCAAGCUUGGUCAUUUCGAACAUUCAACGGCUCGGUUUUGGCCGUUUGUAGACUAUCCUGUAUUUAAUCGUCAGAUGGCACACUUUUCGAACCUCAGCGCCGAGCUCAUCCUUCUGAUUGCCGAGCUUUUGGAAGACAGGAGCUUAUUGUCAUUCUCACACACCAAUCGACGCCAUUACGCCCUUGCAGAUCCCCUCAGAUACAAGCGAGAGGCAGCUUCGGAGACGAGCACUUUUCUGUUGUGGGCGGCACGCCAUGGCCGUAGCUCGGUGGUGCAGAAGCUGAUCGAGCAUGGCGUCAACGUGAAUCUGCAAGACACAUCAGGAAUCCAGCCGCCAAAAGUGAGGCUCGCCGCCCAAUACACAUACAGUGAUGCAUGUAGUCCGUUGCGAGCACGGGAGAUCCCAGAGUCCCCUCUGGAAGGCCCUCGCACAGUAGACGAGUUUGAGGACCCAAGCGAUACGGAGGAUGAACGGGGCGACUGGGAGUAUUCUGUUGGAACGGUGACGACGAAGACGAAAUGGAGCGCUCUCCACUUGGCGGCGGCGUAUGGGCAUGGGGACAUUGUCGACCUGCUCCUGGACAAUGGAGCAGAUAUCGAGGCGGAAGCUUUCGGGCUCUGUACUUGCGGCCAACGAUCGAAGAGCUCCAGGUAUAUUUUCCUCUUCCCCGAUCCCGAUCCCACUUGGUCCGCCCUCCAUAUUGCUAUUUGUCAGGGUCAAGACCACGUAGCUUGUCGACUCAUGCAGAGAGGUGCAUCUCUUGUGGCGAAGACGGGCCCGCAAGGUCACACAGGGUCUCUGGUGCUUCGUAGUGGCUCCUCUGGAACUGCAGAUCCCGAUGUUGACGGUGACGAAACACAAUCUGCACCAACUUCUCCUGGUCUCCUUACAGACGUGGCCGAGGGAGACUCAGCACAAGCGAUCCAAGCUGGAUUUUUGUCAAACUGGGCUGAUUUCACAGCACUACAUUACGCCGCCGCGUACGGUAGCCUUGCUAUGAUUAGAAAGAUCCAGGAAGCUUUGCCGGAUGAUGUCAACACUCCUGAUGCGGCAGGCCAAACACCUUUGGCAUAUGCUUAUAAGCUCGGGCGUAUAGACGAUGUUGUUACGUACUUGGUCGGCGAGGGCGCGGAAAUCGAUUGUCUUGCUGGCCCUACUGACACGCCUCUCAUCCUUUCCUGCCAGAGCCGCCAUUUCCUUGAUGUCGUCAAGCUCAUACAGCUUGGGGCUCGCGCCCAACAACGGAUACGUAGUGUAAACCUGACGCCACUGCACUUGUGCUGCAUGAAACCACGGCUCAACACAGAUCUCUGUGCGGACGAACGACCGUGCUGGCCAAGGCCAAAGACAAUCGAAGAUGCCUUCCUGGAGCAGCACCAGAUCGAGGCAGUACAGGCGUUGCUGGGUGCCGGUGCCAAGGUUGACGCACGCGAUAUGUGCCAGCGAACUCCGCUCGUUUACGCUGCGCAAUAUGCCACCUUACCAAUCGUCCAGCUCCUCCUUGAUGCCGGAGCAGACCCAUCUUCAGCAGCUCAGCUCGAGUCAUCUGAUCGUAUCGACUCUUCCGACCGGGUUGUCCGAUCUGUGCUAAUGGCCGUCGCUUUUGCCGGCUACAAACGAUAUGCUACGGACAAUGACGCGGUUUUCAGAUGUCUUGUACAUGCCGGCGCGGACGUCAACUUCCAGGACAGCCGUGGUCAGACGGUGCUGCACGUUCUCGCCAAGCUCCUCGUAAAGGCUAUCUCUGAGUACAACGGAACUUCAACCCAACGAUGUGUUGAAAACAUCAAGACCUUAGUCGCUUCAGGUCGUGUUGAUUACUCCCUGCGGGACGAAGACGGGAAACUUGCGGUCGAGUAUGCAAUCAGAGAGGCUGCUUGUCGAAUUUCCGAAGUCAUACCUGUCAAGACAAUAAGUCGCGCCAUCACUACAACGGACCUCAUACGGAUCCGCGACAGUGUAGUCCGCUCCGUGCUGGCUGAGAAAUCCAUGGACAGGACGAUGGAGGCUCUCGAAUAUCUACAUCUAGUCUAUCCCCGGUUCAUAUACGGAAGGCCAGAGACUCUGUUCAUGACAAUCAAGAGCGGCCAUCAACACUUGGCGAUUCGGCUGCUCGAGAAGGGUGCUGACCGGUCCUACAAGUCCCGGGCAGGCGAGAACUUGCUCCAUAUUGCCUGCCAGAAGCGUCUGGGUGAAUUGGCGCACAAGUUGCUUGAAAUGGGCAUGCCCGCUGAUGCUAUAUCAAAAAGCGGGGAGACUCCCAUAUCCGCAUACGUCGACUCCGUCCUGCGGAUGGCGCUCGGCGGCCCAGUUGACUGGGGAAAACACCCUUCCAUACUGUCCCUAGUCGAGAAAGGAGCAGACCCGCAUAGGAUUUAUUGCACGCCCCCGUCGGAUCGGCCGAGACACUUCUUUCAGUGGCAUGAGUGUCCAUUAGACAGGAUCAUCAGCAGAGGAGACCACGAUUUCGCCAGGGCCAUUCUGAGCCUCAGCCCCCCUUCGCGAGCGACCAAAGGCGGCUCACCCCUCACACGUUCCUACCUUCAUCGCGCCUGCUCGUUCUCGUACAAGGUGCCGGACCUCGGAUUCGUCAAGUUCCUCCUGACGUACGGCAGCCUUGACGUGAAUGGCAAAAACAGCUAUGGCCGGACAGUGCUCUCGGAACUUGUCGACAGCAUCACUCCGAUGGCUCCACGGAUCAGCCCCUUCAACCACGGCGUUCCAACUGUGAGGAAUCUGGACGAGCAGACCACGAGCUACUUGCUCGACACCGGAGAGUAUUCACCUCUUGCUCGGUCGGACUUGUUCCUCGAGUGCGUCAAGCUUCUUGAGAGCCACGGUGCCGAGUGGACUACUGAGAGUGCCGUGCUCGGCGCAGGUCAGCGCGGGGGUGAAGAGGUGGUGACGACUCCUGCAAAGGAACUAAAGCGGCAGCUCGAGUACACGGGCAGUGAUGCGGCGAGCAGACAGGGACUGGAGUUCAUCAGGUCGCAGCUGGUAGAUCCUGACUGGGAUCCUGAUGCGCUGAGCCCGGGAGAAUCGCCUUUUAAGGGUGGACCUUGGUCCAGUCUAUCGGCAACGGCUGGAGAUGCGGUCGAGUAGGCGGACGAGCACUCUUUGCGGAGUUUGUGACUACUGCGUCUCGGGCAAAGCCACUGCGCAAGCGUAGUUGGCUCCUGCUCCUUUUUUUUUUCUUCAAUAACAAAAACUUUCCACUUUUGGGAGCAAGAGCGAAAGGAGAUGAUAGGUUUCACCAAUCGUUUUUGUUUUUUAUAGACUAAACAGUCAUC